UCGAUUAUUAUUAAAUUUUGUGGUGAUUAAAAAAUAUGUCUAUUUCACAGGAGAAUACCAAACCUAUGACUAGGGCAUCUAAAAAAGACAAAGAUUUUUCAAAAAUUGGCGGCCUAAGUAAUCAUGUAAAAACGUUACGUGAUAUUAUUAUUUUACCUUUACUGUACGGCAAUGUUUUUAAAAGUUUUAAUAUACGAGCACCCAGAGGUGUUCUAUUUUAUGGUCCACCAGGUACUGGAAAAACAUUGGUUGCAGGAGCAUUAGCAACAGAAUUAAAUAAGGAAGGUUUAGGGAAAAUAAGCUUCUUCCAUCGGAAAGGUGCUGAUGUGUUAGCUAAAUGGAUUGGAGAAUCAGAAAAGAAUCUUCGAGAUUUAUUUGAAAAGGCCAGCAAACAACGUCCAUCUAUAAUAUUUUUCGACGAGAUCGAUGGUCUAGCUCCAGUUCGAUCCCAAACUAACGAACAUAUCCACACCAGCAUUGUUACAACGUUGUUGGCUCUUAUGGAUGGACUAGAUAAUACACCAGGUGUUAUCGUUAUUGGAGCUACGAACAGGAUCGAAAAUAUUGAUCAAGCUCUGCGUCGAGCCGGUAGAUUUGACAGAGAGUUGUAUUUUCCUCUUCCUACUUUAGAAGGGCGAAAGGAGAUUAUACAAGUUCACACUUCGACCUGGGAGCGCAAAUUUUCUAAAGAAUUUAUUAAUACUCUUGCUGAAGCAACGGCGGGAUUUUGCGGUUCAGACAUAGCCGCACUUUGUUCAGAAGCUGUUUUGUGUUGUAUGAGGAGGUUAUAUCCUAACAUAGAAUGUACGGGUAGAAAAAUUUGUAUUGAAGUUGGAACUUUAAAGGUAGAUGAAUGCGACUUUAUGGAUGCCAGACAGAAAAUUUUACCAACUGGAUUAAGGAUGGGAAAUCAUACUGAGUGUUUAAACGUAGUUAUAAGACCAUUGUUGCAAAGACAGUUGGAUAAUAUUUUAAACAAUAUACAAUUGAUGUGGCCGCAUUUUUUGGACGAAAACUAUAAAUAUAAAAUUGAUGAUGACGGAAGAUAUGCUGGCAGAUUACUUCUAAAAGGAUCCAAGGAUGACGGUUUGUCUUACAUAAUAUCUGCUUUGAUACAAACGUUUGAACAUUUACCAGCACAAAUUUUAGACAUAACAACAAUUUCAGAGCAAAAUUUCGGUCGAUAUUCUAACACUCCCUCAAUGCUGGUUUUGCAAAGAGUUGAUGAGUGGAUGUCACUAGAAAAAAGUUCUGAAUUCAUCAGUUUACUUAGUUAUCUGGAUGAUUUGCACGUUAGUUUACCAAUUUUAGCUAUAGCCACAUGUAAGAAAGAUCUGCCCGAAAUUUUUCAAAGCUUUUUUCACAACAACUGUAGUAUAAUUAUAGAAAUUGGUUAUCCAACCGUUGAGGAAAAGAAAAAGUUUUUUUCUCCGCUCUUCUUUGAUUCUAACAUGAACAGUCUGUGCACUGUUUUAGACCAAAAACAACUGGCAAUUAUUGAAAAUUCUAAUGAAUCAAAACCCAAAAGUCACGUACCUAAUAUGUUAAAACAUGCAAAGAUCAAUCUACAAGUAUUUAAUGAGAAUGGAAAAAGACGAUGUGAAACAGAAAACGAAGGUGUCAUAUGUAAAAGAAUAAAAAGAUGUGAGGAGAUCCUUGAAGAUACGAAUUCCACACUAGACUUUAAACAUAUUAAGAUAUCUCGAAAUCAAAAAUAUAAAACACAAAAAGAGCGUUUCACAUUACUUCUUACAAAUCUUCUUUAUGAACGGUCGCAAUAUCCUGAUUUACUGGAACCAGUUAAUACUACCAAAGAAAAUUUAAUUGAAAAUGAAAAAACUAAUGAAGACGAUACACAUGGAACGUAUGAAGUUUGUGAAAGACAUUUGAAGAAAAUUUACAAUUUGUGGAAGAGGGUUUCCUGCGUAACAACGUAUAACAUGACAAUUUCUCAGUUAGAAUUGGUGUACGACAUUCUUUCAGCCUGCAUUAAUAUGUACAAAUACUCAGCGGAUUCACUGAUAUCGAAAGUUGAAGAAACUCUUAUUAAAAUUGAAGAAUAAAUUUGUACAUAGUAUACACUUGAGUCAUAUGAUAUAUAAUAUUUGUUAUCAAUUAAAUUAAUGGUGCGGUUGUAAUAUUUAUUUUAUUACACUUAGGAUUUUUAUACAUAAAUUUAAACUUGUCUGUUUAGAUUAGGCAUAUUAUUAUA